AUGAUCCUCGCUGAAAUCAACAUCUACGCAGAAGAUGGCUCGUUCCAUGGUAACGGGUUUUUCAUGCACAUGCCAGGUGCUAAGAAGCCCUUCAUUCUCACGGCCGCACACAACAUCAUCAGUAAGAACGGGGAUCCUUCGGAGAACAUCGUCAUGAGAGUAAUGGGCUCAAAGAAGCGGUUCCCUAUUCACGGAAGCACCAUCCGCAUCUGUCCUGCGUAUGAGCAAAACCCCACAACUGCCGCGGAAGAAGCAGACUGGGCUCUCAUCUUCGCACCGGACGAGCUUGAACAAGACCCAGCACGCGCAGGCAUCGGGCCACUGGGCUUUGCGCUGAAGCUGGCCUACGAAGAGCGCCUGGACUGUGAGAUGCGCGUGACCGGGGUUCCAGUUUCGAGCAAGAAAAACAGCCCAAACGCAACCACGAUGGGGCCGGUGACUACGACAGGAAAAUGUCUGAACCCGAUCGUAUUCCCCGCUCAGCUGGAGUACAGCGCGAAGACAGAGAAGGGACUGAGCGGGUCGCCGGUGUGGACAAUGUAUCACGGAGUCCCAACUGUCCUCGCUAUCCACGAAGGAACGCUAACAUUGAAAAGCAACAACGGUACCCAACGGAAGAAGUAUAGCAGGGGCACCCGGCUAACCUUCGAAGUCUUGCACCAGAUUUGCGUCUGGGCGGACUGCGAGAAGCGAGACCAACUCCUCAGGGUAAAUAGUCCAACUCCACUACCUCUCUACCUGACCUACGCACCUGCGUUCGGAGUCCUGCAUGCGGUGGUAAAAGAAGCUGAUGAUCCACAACUGAUGCGCUUCAAUGUCAUACCUGUGCUCGCAGCUGAGGCCGCCCCAGAUGACAUACAAAAAAGCCGACUUAUUCAGUUUGGACUGUACCAGACUCACAAUGGACAGCCACACUGGGUUUCAUGGACUAUGGAUCAGUUCACAGCGGGAACUGGUACGGCGACGCUGGUGAGCGAUCUACGCCGUGCUCGCGUAGCAAGAGGGUGGCAAGAUGGAGCGGGCAAACCGUUCCGAAUCCUGGUGGACGGUCCUGCCGAUCCGUAUAAGUUGGUCGUCUUGUUGAAUAGAGCGUCCCCGUCUCGUCUGACCUGGGAAGGCGAGGAAUUUCCGAUACUGUCAUUCAGGAAGUUUCGCCAGGCGCAGCCGGCAAAGAACCUUAGUAUCCCCGAUACUUUCGUUCAGGAAGAGCAUGCUUAG